CUGAGGUCUAAACGGUCCGGGAAGGGAGAGGGGCGACGCCAUCUUGUUUGUUUUAGUCGGAGGAGGGGCUGAAAAACAGCCGCCACCAUCCGCGACACCACGGCCGACAACACGAGACCAGCGCCUCGCGGCUGUCCGGCCUGACGCCUCCCCUUCCCCCUUUCCCUUGAGGUGAGAAGGCGCUGAGACAAUGUUUUAUGCCCACUUUGUCCUCAGCAAGCGUGGGCCGCUGGCCAAAAUCUGGCUGGCGGCCCACUGGGACAAGAAGCUGACCAAAGCACACGUGUUCGAGUGCAACCUGGAGAGCAGCGUGGAGAGCAUCAUCUCACCCAAGGUGAAAAUGGCUUUACGGACAUCGGGGCAUCUGCUGCUGGGGGUGGUGAGGAUCUACCACAGGAAGGCCAAGUACCUGCUGGCUGAUUGUAACGAGGCCUUCAUCAAGAUCAAGAUGGCGUUUAGACCAGGUGUGGUGGAUCUUCCAGAGGAGAACAGAGAAGCUGCCUACAACGCCAUCACGCUGCCGGAGGAGUUCCACGAUUUUGAUCAGCCGCUACCAGACCUAGACGAUAUUGACGUUGCACAGCAGUUCAACUUGAACCAGAGCAGAGUGGAAGAGAUCACCAUGAGAGAAGAGGUGGGAAACCUCAACCUGCUGCAGGACAAUGACUUCGCUGACUUUGGUAUGGACGACCGGGAGAUGAUGCGAGAGGAGAGUGCGUUUGAAGUCGACAUCAUGGGGGCGUCAGCGUCCAACCUGCUGCUGGAAGCCGAGGGUGGAACUAACCCGAUGGCCGACAAGUCCAACCAUCUGGAGUAUGACGACCAGUACAAGGACGACUUUGGAGACAACCCCAUGGAGAGCAACGAGGGAGGCAUGCUGGUUGACAAGCUGCUGAGUAAUGAGGAUGGAGGCGGCAUCUUUGACGACCCACCUGCCAUAGCAGAGAGCGUGAUGAUGCCUCAGGACCACGGAGACGACGACGACGACUUUGACGCACUCUCUGCGGGAGCCCCAGACAGCCCGGACUCGGGCCCAACAGAGCCGCUACCAGCGAUGGCAGACCAGGCAGAGCAGACCGCGCUGGUUCACAACGAAGAAGAAACCUUUGCCCUGGAGCCUAUUGACAUCACAGUGAAGGAGACCAAGGCGAAGCGAAAGAGGAAGCUGAUCGUGGACAGCGUGAAGGAGCUGGACAGUAAAACCAUCCGCGCACAGCUGUCUGAUUACUCUGACAUCGUCACCACGCUGGACCUGGCACCUCCCACCAAGAAGCUGAUGAUGUGGAAGGAGACCGGAGGAGUCGAGAAGCUUUUCUCUCUCCCCGCUCAGCCUCUCUGGAACGCCAGGCUGCUGAAGAUGUUCACAAGGUGUCUGACUCCACUGGUACCGGACGAGCUGAGGAAGAGGAGGAAAGGUGGAGAGGCUGACAGUCUGGAUGAGUUCCUGAAGGAUCUGGAGAACCCGGAGGUGCCAAGAGAGGAAACAGCAGGGCACCAGCAGAGAGACAUCAUGGACCAGACCAUCAUGGAGGAGGCCAAUGUGCUGCAGACCUCAGCUGUAGAGGGCAGCAGGACGACGCUGGACGAGUCUGUCAUGCCCCCUCCAUCCUCCCAACGUGGCCUCAAACGCAAAUCCCAGGACACAGAACCAGCUCUUCCUAUGGGAGCUCUGGACCAGCAACAACAGCCACAACAGCCACAGGGGUCCAGCGCCUCUAACGUGUCCCAGCAGCUGGAGCCGACCAACGUGGAGCUUCCACCGGAGGAGACCACCAACAUCAGCCAGCUGAUAGAGCUGGACCUGCUCAGCGACAAGGACAAGAAGAAGGAUGACGACUCUGAUGAGGAGGAGGAGGAGGCUCAGGGAGGAGACCAGGACCAGGAGGAGAGGAGGUGGAACAAAAGAACCCAGCAGAUGCUCCAUGGCCUUCAAAGGGUGAUGGCCAAAACAGGCGCUCAGUCGGUCAGCCUGCUGGAUCUGUGCAGGAACAACAACAAGAAGCAGGCAGCUGCAAAGUUCUACAGCUUCCUGGUCCUGAAGAAGCAGCAGGCGGUGGAGCUGGUCCAGGAGGAGCCGUACAGCGACAUCAUCGCCACGCCCGGACCUCGCUUCCACAUCAUCUAGAAAAACACAACUUUGCAGUCCGAAAAAAAAAGGAAAGAAAACAACUCCACUCUGUACCGUCUGCUACACAAGUAGAUUUAACAAACUUUUGGUUGUUUGUUGACUUUGUUUUGUGUAUAAUGUGGAGUUUAUUUCUGCGAUGUCUUAAUGUCAGCCAGUAGUGGGAGGAAAGAGGUCUGAAUAACAUGGUUGGUUGGAAAAACUCCAUAGAGAGGAGGACCAGAACUCCAAACUAUGCACACUUACUAUUUAUUAUUUAUGACUAAUGUAUUUAUUAUUUAUUGGAUAUUUUAUUGUUAAGUCUCACUCUACAGCAAAGUCAGUAUUAAGUAGGUUAAAUAAGGUGAGUUUGGAGUUGAUGUCCACUCACUGUUGUAUUUAUUUUUUAAUUUUGCCAAGCACUAGUUCCUUAAUGAAACAGUUAACAGAGUCAGUUUUCAGUUACGACUCAAUCAGGCAACCACGUUAGUCUGAGACUCACCUGUCCCACUACUGCAGGAAAAAAAAGUUCUCAUGUACACAGGCUUUAGCCAAAAGGAGCAUGCACUGUAUCCAGUCUCUGCUAGAGUACGUUUAAACAGAUACUACGAUAGCGAUUUUUACAGACUCAACCAGCAGUUAAUCAUUAUACAACUGCAGUGUAGCACUUUCAGCAUUACAAACUCCAAACGUGGUGUUUUUGUGAAUGCUUUGCUUGCAUCAUCAACAGUCAGAAAAACUAUAGUUGUGUCCCAAAUCUAUAGGACAUGUCAGUUUUAAGCAUGAUAAAAGUACGCACAAAACAAAAGAGAGAGAGAAAAUGUUCACAGGUGGAACGUGUAGCUCGUAUAGGUGAUGUAAACAUCAGUGGUCAGCCAUACUUGCAUGCUCUGUCCUGAAAAUAUUUUGUAUAGGUCGCUCCAAAAAAACAGUUUUAAACCAUAUUCUAGACUCAAUUCAUCCAAACAUUUGACGUAUAGAUAAUCAUCUAACAACUGAGUGACAAACAGUGAUGUAUUGUCUUGAUAAUUAAGACUCAUUUGUUGUGCUCGGUGUCACUUCCACAGUAACUUCUGAAAGUCUGAAUCUGUUCAAUAUUGAUUUAUUGAUGUAAUAUAUAACAAGAAUGAAUUGUUUUUUUUAGAACUCAAUCAAUUUUUAAACUAAAGAAUGACUUGAUGAGAUGAUCAAGUGAAGUCUGAAUGCACAUAUUUGUUCUAAACGUUGUUUUUUGGACUCUAAACGCAUCGUACAAAAAAUAUAUUACAGGCUUAAUCAAAAUCACACAACAACAUAGUAAAAACAAGCAGACCAGCAAGUCGUCGUGACCACACUUCUUCCUCGUGCAUCUGCGAAGACGCCUGAAUGCAUCAUUUUUUAAUCGCACUUCCAUAUAAACGGUUUAUCGUGUAACGUCUGAGUGCAUCUUAGAUUAUAAACUAUGUGCCUGUAAACCUGCUUUUUUAUUUUGUAUAAAAGGUGAGACAAAUCUUCUGAAUUAAGAAAUGUUUGUUUCCGAACAGUUUUAAUCUCAUGCCUGUGACUCCUGAAUCCUGGAAACUGUUGCAGAAUUUUCCAAAAUAAAAUAAAUACUUGGAACAGUA